AUGCCUCCCUCAGAGUCGUCCCCGCUCCUUCCCAGCAAUGGCACUGCCCACGCACCCUCUCUUUCCCACAAACUCACCGCCUUCCUCACUGCAGAGGGCGAGCCUUCCUUCCUCGAGUCCUAUAGGUGGUUCUUUUUCGAUUCAUACUUUAACAUUCUCCUCGUCUUUGUGCCCCUGAGCGCCAUCGCCCACCAUUUGAACUGGGAUGCCGGACUGCGCUUCACUUUUAGUUUUUUCGCCAUCAUGCCCCUUGCAAAGCUUCUGGGCGACUCCACAGAACAAAUGUCUGCAAAACUUGGCCAGACCCUUGCUGGACUCUUGAAUGCCUCUUUCGGAAACGCUGUCGAAAUUAUCGUCGGCGUCGCUGCUCUCCUUCAAGAUCAAGUCCGCAUUGUUCAGACAUCUAUGCUUGGUUCUAUUCUUUCCAACAUUUUGCUCGUGUUGGGCUGCUCUUUCCUUGCUGCCGGUGUCAAGCGGAGUGAAAGCACGUUCCAGGUUACUGCUGCUCAAGCCUCGAGUUCCCUCAUGACAUUGGCUUGUAUCACACUCGUUAUUCCUGCCGCCUACUCAAGCACAUUGGGUGAUACUUCUAACGAACAUGGCCUCCUUGUGAUUUCCAGAGGAACCGCUGUUGUCCUUUUACUCAUCUAUAUUGCCUAUCUUUACUUCCAACUUAAAUCGCAUGCUCAUCUAUAUAUACCUGAAAAUGCUGACAGUUCUCCAGAGGAAGAGGAGCCCAAGAUGAGCGUCGUCUCCGCAUCCAUCUCAUUGCUCGUCGUAACUGUUGUCACGUCUUUCUGUGCUGAUUACUUGGUCGCCUCCAUUGAAGAGUUCGCUGAAAGAUAUCAUGUACCCAAAGCGUUCAUUGGUUUGAUCUUGUUGCCCAUUGUCGCAAAUGCGGCUGAGCACGUCACCUCUGUAUGGAUGGCAAUGAAAGACCAAAUGGAACUCACCAUUACUAUCUGCGUUGGCAGCUCUAUCCAAAUUGCAUCAUUUGUCGUCCCAUUGCUGGUUAUCGUCGGCUGGAUCUCUGGCCACGAACUCACCCUCUAUUUUGCAAACUUUGAAACUAUUGUUCUUUUCGUGUCUGUGCUGCUCGUAAACACACUCAUUCAGGACGGAAAAUCCAAUUAUAUGGAAGGCUUAAUGCUUGUCUCGUUAUACUUUGUGAUCUCGCUGGCUGGUAUGGUUUGGGUGUCGUAA